AUGCUUUCCACAGCACAGCGGCAUUCCAGCAGCUCCAAGACGUACGGAGAGCGUUCAGAAGACCCGGAUCUCACACCUCUGGCUCAAUAUCUUCUGCGACUGAUUCACCUCAAGCAGACCAAUCUCUGCGUGUCCGCAGACGUCCAUACGACAUUGGAGCUAUUGCAGCUCGCCGAGGAUGUCGGCGACUAUAUCUGUGUGCUGAAGACGCACGCCGACAUCAUCGAUGACUUUGGGGACAAGACUAUACGAGGCCUCAAUGAAGUCUCCCGACGGAAGAAGUUUCUCAUCUUUGAGGACAGAAAGUUCGGAGACAUUGGGAGCACGCUACAACAUCAAUACACACGCGGACCACUGGCCAUAGUCAAGUGGGCGUCCAUUGUGAAUGCUGCGCUAUUCCCAGGCCCCGCAGUCAUUCCUGCACUUGCAGAUGCGGCGAGGAGGGCGAUACUGGCCCACAAUACAUCAAUGGCUGAGCUUGGCCCUCCGCCUUACUUCAGAGCGCUACUGCUUCUGGCGCAGAUGUCAUCAGCUGGCAAUCUCUUCACCCCGGAGUAUACCCAGCAGUGCUUACAUCACGCUCGGCAAAACAAGAAUUUCGUCAUGGGUUUCAUCGCUCAGCAGUCACUGAAUAAAGAGGCCGACGACAACUUCAUUACCAUGACUCCCGGAGUGCAGCUGUCUGCUGGCGGCGAUUCGAUGGGCCAGCAAUACAACACGCCCCAGAAAGUCAUCGGGGAGCAGUGUAGCGAUAUUAUAAUCGUCGGGCGUGGCAUACUCGCUGCGCGUGAUAGACGAAGAGCAGCGCAUGAGUACAGAAAGCAAGGAUGGCUUGCCUAUCAAGAGCGGGUGAGGUCUGCUAGGAAGAAGCGGUAG